CUUUAUAAGGAACUCCUCCAAGGGAAACUUCAAUUCAUUCAACAACAACAAACGAAGAAACAAUUCAAAGAAAAACACAAAUACACACUUCCAACCAAAAGCUCUAUAUGGCAACCACUUCCACUCUAUUCAUUCAAGAAUUCACUGAGAACUUCCACUACUCAAGAAGACUACUUCUAAUACCAACUACAGUACCACAAAACUACCCGAAGGCCACCAUGGCGCCGCCACCGGCGGCCGAAAUCAGUCACGUCAACACAUUUGAUGCAAAUGUUAUUAUGGUCUUGUCAGUACUUGUAUGUACCUUGAUUUGUUCACUUGCAUUAAAUUCUAUCAUAAAGUGUGCAUUAAAAUGCUCCAGCAGCUUGGUAUUAGCGUCAGACUCAUCCUCAAACUAUAGAAAUCCUUCAGCAGCAAAGCUAGCUAAUACAGGAAUCAAGAAAAAAGCCCUCAAGACAUUCCCGGUUAUAACCUACACUACUGAAUUGAAACAUCCAGGGCUUGACUCCGAGUGUUUAAUUUGCUUAUCAGAAUUUGGAGUUGGAGAGAGAAUUAAGGUUCUGCCAAAGUGCAAUCAUGGCUUCCACGUCAACUGUAUCGAUAAAUGGCUGAAUUCCCACUCUUCUUGCCCUACUUGUAGGAACUGCCUUAUUGAAACCUGCCAAAAAAUUAUUAACGGCGGGAGUUCUACUACAGUUGAGUUAGCAAGUAAUAGUACCUCAUCAGCACCAGGAAUUCAAGAAAUCAUAAUAAGGAUUGAAUCUCUCCAACGUGAAGGUGUUACAUCUAACAAUCAAAUUGAGGUAGAAAAAUAGGAGUAUUAUUGAUUGCGAUGUAUCACACACUCAGUUAGAAUUAGCUUAGGAUUUUACUUAAUAGUUUAGUUGUUUUUUUUUUUCCUUUGUUGGAAGAGUUUUAGCGAGCUAGAGCUAGCAUGAGGCCAACGACAGUGUAGUCCUCAAAAGAUUCAUUAGUCUUGCAAGUGUACAAAAAAUUUAAAUUUUAUUCCCGUUUCUUUUGAAAGAAUUUUCUUUA